GAUUGCAAUACAAACAAAGAGUACAAGCUGACACAAUAGAAACGCCACAAUAACAAUAACUAAUUAACGCCAAAUAUCAAGUAUUGAAAAUAGUGUGAAUCACCGGUCAAAGCUUUUUUUUCGUCACAAUGGCUGCGAACACAGCAAAAGAAUCAGAACCGCCCAGCUACGAGGAAGUCAUGCGAGGCAGUGCACCCCCUAUGCAAGAUUCUCGGCUCAUAGCUGGUGUGCAUCAUGGCGCGCCGACAGCGCCGCCAAACAUGGCCAGCUACGGUGCAUUCGAGACGACGCCAGUUAGCAUUGUGGUGCAGCCAGCGCUGCCCACAGAGAUCAUUGUGAUUGGAGCUUGUCCCUCGUGUCGCAUUGGCUAUUUGGAAGACACAUUCUCGCCGCUGGGUCUCUGCUGUGCAAUAUUCUUCUUUCCCAUCGGCAUCCUCUGCUGUCUGGCGAUGCGCGAGAAGCGCUGCAGCAAUUGUGGAGCAACAUUUUAAAUGCCCAGUUAACACUUUCGCUCUCCCUCUCUGAUCGCGAG